CACCGCUCAAUUUUUUGCAGAGUCCAAGAACACUCUCCUCGGAGCCUCCACCCUUUACCUCAAAAUGCAGCAGGACGAGAUCAUUUGGCAGGUCGUUGGACACGAAUUCUGUUCCUACAGGGUCAAAGGAGAAGCGCAGAACUUCUGCAGAAACGAGUACAAUGUUACGGGUCUCUGCAAUCGUGAAUCCUGUCCGCUAGCAAACUCGAGGUAUGCAACGAUUCGUGAGGAUAAUGGCAAACUGUACCUGUACAUGAAAACCAUUGAACGUGCAUUCACUCCUGCAAAAUUAUGGCAGCGUAUUAAGCUGUCUAAAAACUAUGCUCAAGCUCUGGAGCAAAUCGAUAAGCAUUUACUCUACUGGCCUGGCCCUCAAAUUCAUCGGUGCAAACAGAGACUUACUCGUCUCACACAGUACUUGCUGAAGGCCCGGAGACUGGCAUUAAAGCACCAACCCACACUCAUUCCUAUCAAGCCCAAACAAACCCGUAGAGAGACGACUCGUGAACGUAAAGCUCUCAUUGCAGCAAAACUCGAAAAGAAUAUUGAAAAGGAGUUGGUUGAGCGUCUAAAGAGCGGUGUCUAUGGUGAUCAACCCCUGAACGUCAACGAAGACAUUUGGAAGAAGGUCCUCGCUGCCAAGGAGGGUCUUGUUGAUGAAGCACAAGAACUCGAGGACUUGGAAGAAGCCGAGAUGGAAUUUGUCAGUGACGAAGAAGAAGAAGAGGAAAUCUCGGACCUCGAGGACUGGCUCGCCAGUGGGGAUGAUGAUGAGGACGAGGAUGAAUCGCUUUCUGAGGAGAGUGAUGAGGAAGAAUCCUCUGAAUCAUCUUCAGACGACGAAGAACAACAAGGCCCUUCGCGGAAGCGGAAAUCUACAACAAAGAGACCCGCUAAGAGACGUGGUCCUCACGUUGAAAUCGAAUACGAACGCGAGGAGGAAUUGGAAAAACCGACUUCUAUGUCAAAUGCUUGGUAAAUGGGGGUUAAAAAUGAUACUUUUUGGGACAGCUCAUGUGUUUGAGGUUUUUAGUUUUAAAUAAAACGGUGCGUUUAGGAACAA